UCCGCUCGCGCCAUGCGGCGGGCGGCCGCGUGCCUCCGCGCGCUGUGCCUCCUGCUGCAGCUCCGCGCCGCAGGCUGCUUUUCUGGAGACAAUGACCACUUUUUGGCAAUUCAUCAGCGAAAGAGUGGAAAACCUGUGUUUAUUUAUCACCAUGUGCAGAGUGUGGAGAAAAGUCUGGAUACAGACAGUUAUAAGAAUUCCAAACAAAAUUUCCAUUCUUCUUCCCACACCAAAAUAAACAAGCUGCACCCUGCAAUAAUUGUUAAAUCAACCUUCCCCAGACCUGCCUAUGACCCGUCCCUCAAUCUGUUAGCUAUGGCUGGUCAAGAUUUAGAAGUGGAAAAUCUUCCCAUUCCUGCAACAAAUGUGAUUGUUGUGACACUGCAAAUGGAUGUAAACAAGCUGAAUAUCACAUUGCUUCGGAUAUUUCGCCAAGGAGUGGCUGCAGCACUGGGACUGUUACCUCAGCAAGUUCAUAUCAACAGGCUCAUUGGGAAGAAGAACUGUGUGGAACUGUUUAUUUCCCCAGUGAACAGAAAGCCAGGAAUUUCUGAUGCGCUCCCAUCUGAAGAAGUGCUGCGUUCACUGAAUAUCAACAUUUUGCAUCAGAGUUUAUCCCAGUUUGGAAUAACAGAGGUCUCUCCUGAGAAAAAUGUUUUGCAAGGCCAGCGGGAAGCAGACAAAAUCUGGAGCAAAGAAGGAUUUUACGCAGUUGUCAUAUUUCUCAGCAUCUUUGUCAUUCUAGUAACUUGUUUAAUGGUUCUGUACAGAUUAAAGGAGAAGAUCCAGUUGUCACUGAGACAAGAGAAGGAAAAGAAGCAGGAGAUCCACCUCGCACCGCUUCCCCUGCAGACAUCUCAGUCCGAGUAUAAGACCACCAACAGCAUGGUCCAGCCUGAACAGGCUCCAAAGGUUGUCAAUGUGGUAGUGGACCCUCAAGGCCAAUGUGUUCCUGAGCUCAAACCUCCCCCGUGUGCCAGUCCGUCUCCUUUCAGAAUGAAACCUGUGGGGCUCCAGGAAAGACGAGGAUCCAAUGUCUCUCUGACUUUGGAUAUGAGUAGUUUGGGAAGUGUUGAACCUUUCGUCUCUGUGCCGACUCCACGAGAAAAAGUGGCAAUGGAAUACCUACAGUCAGCUGGCCGCGUCCUGACACGGCAGCAGCUCCGAGAUGCAGUUGCAUGUUCUCAUUUACUUCAAACAGAAUUCAUGGAAAUACCAAUGAAUUUUGUGGAUCCCAAAGAAAUUGACAUCCCAAGUCAUGGAACUAAAAACCGCUAUAAAACAAUUUUGCCAAAUCCUCUAAGCAGAGUGUAUUUGAAACCAAAAAAUCCAUCUGACUCCUUGAGUACCUACAUAAAUGCUAACUACAUUAGGGGAUACGGAGGUAAAGAGAAGGCUUUCAUCGCAACGCAGGGACCCAUGAUUAAUACUGUGAAUGAUUUCUGGCAGAUGGUUUGGCAAGAAGACAGCCCUGUCAUUGUUAUGAUCACAAAGCUGAAAGAAAAAAAUGAGAAAUGUGUGCUCUAUUGGCCAGAAAAAAGAGGAAUCUAUGGGAAGGUUGAAGUCCUUGUUAACAGUGUGCAAGAAUGUGAGAACUAUACUGUCCGUCAACUUACAAUAAAGCAAGGAAGUCAAUCCCAGAGUGUGAAGCACUACUGGUACACAUCCUGGCCAGACCACAAAACCCCUGACAGCGCCCAGCCACUGCUGCAGCUGAUGCUGGACGUAGAAGAGGACAGACUGGAAUCACCCAGCCGAGGGCCCGUCAUCGUGCACUGCAGUGCUGGUAUAGGAAGAACUGGUUGUUUUAUUGCCACAGCCAUUGGUUGUCAGCAACUGAAGGAAGAAGGAGUUGUAGAUGCAUUGAGCAUUGUCUGCCAGCUACGAGUGGACAGGGGUGGAAUGGUUCAGACCAGUGAACAGUAUGAAUUUGUGCACCAUGCACUGAGUCUGUAUGAAAGCAGGCUUUCUGCAGAAGCUGUCCAAUGA